AUGAUGUCAACCUAUCGAAAGGUAAUAAUGUGGAUAAGCGUAACACUCCAGAAGCUACAUAUCACGAUCGAACCUUUUGGAUUUCUCUUCGUCAUGGCAACUGUUAUACAGGUAAAAUUCUCCAAACUCUACCGUCUUGUUUUGUUAAUCAACCUAAUUCUUGUUUGCCCACAGUCUGUCCCUAAACAAUACAUACUUUCCUACAAAGUCUGCAGAAGCCAUUAUGGCUUCAAUUUAAAUUUAAGUGAUUGCUAUGGUAGUAAUCAAACGCAUUCGGUUUCCAAACAAAGUACUCUGGAAACAUCGGAUCACAUCGAAAGUUAUGCCAGCAUCUUGAAUAUUUACGGCUCACUGAUUAAUCACAUCCUUUCAGCCCUCUUUGUCUUAUUAUUCGGACCACUCAGCAAUCAGUAUGGAACGAAAUUCUUGAUGGUUGCUCCUGUCAUUGGUCAAAUAAUAUCCACCUUAAUCCUCAUGGCAAAUUAUUUCGCGGAUUCGCUUCCAGCUGAAUUUCUUCUUUUCGGAGACAUGUCAAUAGGUGUCCUAGGGGGCAGAGCUACCUUUGUUAUGGCUGUGAACACUUACAUUGUGGAUGUAACGCUGGAAGAAAUCAGGACGCUCCGACUGGCUAUCAUGGCCGGUGUUAUUGCGAUGGCUGUGCAGAUUUCAUCACAAGUGAUUAGUGCCGUUAUAUACAAUCUAGGCGGUUACCUGGCCAUUUGGUUGAGCGCACUUGGUUUCUAUGCCUUAUCAUUGAUUUACCUGUUUUUCUUUGUUCGUGAUUCACGAGGCCAACCAGCGAAAAAUCGAUUCACUCGGCUUAUUGUGAUAAAAUCCACUUCAGCAAAGGAAGCAGAACAAGCAAUAAGAGAAUCACUCUCAGAAAAAUGCAACUGUGAAUCCAUUCUGAAGAAUGUGCGGCAGUGGUCCGUCAUCGCUUUUAAACGACGGAAAGGAUACGAACGCACUUUCAUUUUUUGUUUGAUGUUCUGCUUUUUCUUGAAUUGUUUUUCGUACGCCCACUACGGCGCUGCUUACCUUUACACGAGAGACUACUUUUCCUGGAAUCAUUCUGACUUUACUUUGUACACGGCUAGUUUUUCAUUUGUGGAAAUCCUUGGAACUCUUCUCCUCUUGCCUCUUCUCUCAGAUUAUUUGAGAUUCUCGGACACUUUAAUUGGCAUUUUGUCGUCAAGUGGCAAAGUGUUGUCUUACCUAUUUAUAGCUUUCGCCGCAUCUUCAACGAUCGUGUAUCUCUCCACGCUUGGUCAUGUUUUGUCGUUGGGAAUUACCGUGGUCAUCAGAUCACUGCUCUCCAAAUUGGUGAAAGCCGAUGAAAUCAGUCACGUCUAUUCAUUUGUUGCUGUCUUAGAAUCGAUUGUUCCUCUUAUUGCGUUGGUCAGCUUCGAUUCGUUGUACAAAGCAACUCGGGACUUGUUUUCUGCAACCGUUUUUCUCGUUGAGAUGGGCAUUGAAAUCAUUCUAUUAAUGGCAUUCGUCGGCGUUCUGAUUCUUCAGAAGAAGGAGAAGGCAAAUAGCGUCCGCCCUGCCAGCAACUAUUACCUAUCGCCGUUUAAGAGGCCAAAAAAAUAACAAUGACGUUAUGUGCCAAUAAAUAAUAUUAUUCCAUGUUUAACACGCUUUUCUAUAGGUGUCGUAUGACAAAUGUACGCCAAGGGUUUCUUAUAGAACGGGGAAAAAAAUACACAGCUGUU